UGCAAAUUUCAAAGCUUCUGGAUACAAAAACAACCACUACCAGCGCAACAUAUGACAUUUCCGUAAUUAACUUCAAGAGCAAGGGCUAUUAACCACCAACCCCGUCAGCAAUGAUUCGCUCCAGUUCGCGGUACGGACCCAUCUGCCCGACGCCAAAGUCCCGAAUCGAAGGCGAAAGAUCACAAAAACCCACAUUUCAUAUUGCGUUUCGCGAGCUCGUGCGACUUCCAAAAGUCCACAACCUCUCGCAUUGACGGAAGAUUCCGCGGAUUUGCAGAGCAUGGCGACGAUGGAUGUGGAGAUCGGCGGCGAUGGAGUCGUGCGGAAGGAGGAGCCGCCCCCGAACGAGAUGAAGCACAGAGGGAGCAAGAAAAACGCGGGGAAAAAGAAAAGGAGCAAAAGCAAGGGGACGAUGACGACGAGCGGAAAAAAAGAAACGUUUUCUUACAUGCCCAAGUUUCGGGGUUUCAGAUCGAAACCCGAAACGGAUAAGAAUGGGUGUUUCGAUAUAGAGGUGGAGGAUCAAACGGGUGAAAAAAUGAGUCCGACCCAUUUGAUUAUUUUGGUGAAUGGUCUCAUCGGCAGUGCUGAGAAUUGGAAAUAUGCAGCAAAGGAGUUUCUGAAGAGAUACCCAGAAGAUGUUGUUGCUCACUGCAGUGAAUGCAAUUCUUCAAUGUUAACAUUUGAUGGUGUUGAUGUGAUGGGAGAGAGAUUAGCAGAGGAGGUUAUUUCUGUGAUAAAACGUCACCCGAGUGUACAGAAGAUCUCGUUUGUUGGUCAUUCGUUAGGUGGGCUUAUAGCAAGAUAUGCCAUUGGAAGGCUUUAUGAACGAAACAUCACCGGAGAACUAUCUCAAGAAAAUGGAGAACAUAGGAGAGAUGGAGUUGAGGAUCCCUUGCUUAAACAAAAAGUCCAACGCAAAAUUGCUGGACUGGAGCCCAUGAAUUUUAUAACGUCUGCAACUCCGCACCUCGGUUCCUGGGGGCAUAAUCAGGUUCCAGUGUUUUGUGGUGUAAAACCCCUUGAAAAAGUAGCGGCUCGUACUUCAUGGUGUCUAGGUAGAAGUGGAAGACAUCUGUUUUUAACUGAUAGGAAUGAUGGAAAACCUCCCCUUCUUCUUCAGAUGGUCCAUGACACUGAAGAUCUCAAAUUCAUAUCUGCACUGCAGUCCUUCAAGCGCCGUGUUGCCUAUGCAAAUGUUCGAUUUGAUCACCUUGUGGGAUGGAGUACAUCAUCUCUACGGCGUAAGAAGGAGCUGCCAAAGCUUAAAAAUUUAUCCAGAGAUGACAAAUAUCGACAUAUUGUAAAUGUGGAGACAAUUAAAAGUCCAAGUCCUCAAGAAGAAUUACCGUUGGAAGCCAUAGCCAGUGGGCCCGAGAAAAUUGACUUCGAAGAGGAAAUGAUCAGAAACUUGACCAAGAUGAGCUGGGAACGGGUGGAUGUGAACUUCAGCAGAAGUAAACAAAGAUACCUUGCACACAGUACCAUUCAGGUGAAAAACACUUGUCUACACUCUGAUGGGGCUGAUGUGAUCCAACACAUGGUUGACAAUUUUCUUGUGUGAAAUGUGCCAAUUCGUUAUCAACUCAAACUCAAAGCCAGCGGAAUUGCAUGCCCUACAACAACAUUGGCUUCGGAAAGAGAAGCCAAGGAUUGAGGUUCUGGGAUCGUGCUUGGAGGGUGUGUUUGGAAGAUUCCAAGCCUCAGGUGAGCUUAAGCGUGGGGAUCUGAAGUGGACAUUGAGAGAGCAAGCAUAAAGCCGGUCGGUUCGACAACCAAGUACAGUACGUACCUGGAAAAGAGAGGCAAUGUGAACUUCCUGAGGCAGGUAGUAAGAUGUGGAUGUGACAUUACGAGUGUAUGACCUGUUUUCUUGUAUCAACAUCACUCAUAAAACUCAAAAGCAUGUUUAAGUGCUUUUAACAUCAGUAAAAGUAGACAAAUUCAUUGUAGUA